AUGACAAGCCCGCUCACCGUGUACGUGCUUGGCUCGUCGGGCUCGGGAAAAACAAACCUGCUGCGCCAGCUCGGUUGCAUGUGUGAAACUGGCACUCUGCUGACCCGCCCGACCCACGACGCCCCAACGCAGGGGCAGGAGGUGCACUCACUCGUCUUGGAGGCACCGCAGAAGAAGGCGGCGUCCUGCACGGUUGAACUUCGCGAGUUGGGCGGAGAAAUGGCCCCGGUGUGGGAGAAGUUUAUUCGCUCCUGGCAGAACUCCCUCAAAGGCAAUAGCGGCGCUAAGUCCGCCUUGAUCUUUCUCGUGGAUGCGUUGUCCCCUCACCUGCUCCCCAUGGCGCCUGUCAUGUUCAGCAGUCUGAAGGGCUCCGAUGGGGCUUGCCGGGGUUGGCCGACGGCGGUGCUGCUCAACAAGGCUCUCGCAAAGAAUGCCAUGACGGAAGCGGAGUUGGAGUUUUUCCUUUCAAUGGACGCCUGCAGUGACGCACAGCUGCUUGUCGUUGACUCCUGGAACGGGCUGGGGCUCGGGGAUGUCAUGGAAUGGCUCAGCAGCGCGGCGUUAUCGCAGCCAACCCCUUGA